CCCGUCGACAUCAUCGUCUAAUUGCGACUACGAAUUAAAAUUAAUCUAUUGCACUGGAAUUGAACUGGUAUCAUAUUGUGUCUUUAGAUAUCUACAGGAAGGGGAUGGUUUAGAUCAUUUUCAGAUCUACAGGUUAUCAUGGAUAGCCUGUUUCGCACGGAGGACGUUCCUUCGUCGCCGUGGGCGACAAGGUUCCCGAUCGCGAAUUGCACAUUUACAUGGGAAAACAAAAAUCAUUCAGUACUUGCGCCAAGGCAUCCGACCGUAGCAGACCCAAAGUACUACAACCAAAACCCAGUCUUCUCUCGCGCUGAUCUUCCUCAAACACCUCAAGACGAAGACCGAAUUUUCUCCACCGAAUACAUGCAAAAAGCGCGUCUUCUGGGUCUCCAGACUUGGAAAGCCGCCGCAUUGAAUCAUUACGCUUGCUUCUCGCCAAACACAAUAGUAUCCUCCGGGCACCAGCAGGUAGAUAGAACUGCAGCGCCCCUCGCUUCCUAUGUCUCUGUUUCAUUGUCCGCACCAGCGCCUGUUGGAGAUGAAGAGCCAAGAGUCCAAACCGUCGAAGAGGUGAAUUUCGCAGCUUAUAUACGCGACAGAAUAGAAGUCAAUGAGAAUGGAUGGUUGCCCUUUUUGCGCAAGCAUAGAUGGUUUGACUGGAAUCAGGCACACUCUACAGGCAUCAAGAUCUGGAGCGUGGAUGAUCCACCGCUGUGGGAACAUCUCAGAGUCUGUCUCGAGUUGGUCAACCGCAUCUUACAAGCACUUAUUGAAGAUAAACACCAUGGUGCCUACUGGUCGGAUUUUAUCGACAUAUUCGGCCCGCCCCCUGCACCUAAUGAUUCAGUUCUCCUGAGCUAUCAAACCGAACAGAUAAUUAGUCGAAAGAGGGGAGUUCCUUGCGAAUGGGAUCAUGUCAACACGUACACCUCUGCAGCUUGGGAAGAGAGACUAAUCAAGCUUACGAAGCGUGUGGUUUGGGGAUUCCGAGGGCCAGACGGGCCUGAGGCUUCCACCCAUACCUGUGUGAUGGUAGACAACAAGCUGCCUAGUUCUUACAAUGCAGCUAUCUCAAUCCAUCGGCCUGGAACUCUAGGGGAGCUAUGCAUGGCUCAAGUUGACACUGCACUCACAAUGAUGCACGAAAUUAUGCACGUAAUUGGUAUCGUUCGUUACAAAGACGACGAUUAUAUAGGAAACUGCUUGACACGGCAAAGAAGUGGUGCAGCGGCUCAAGAGCCUUUUUUAGAUGGUGAGGGAAUUGCUGAACUUGGGCAUUGUAUGGACCAAGCAUUCUUUGGGGGUACAAAAGCCCUUGCUCCCCUAACAAAAACAGAAAUCGUCCCACCAAUGAUAUUCGCUAUGAAAGAAUUCCCGUUCCGAAGUUACAAGGGGCGAUCGGCGCCGAGAUCUGCGUUUCUGCGCCCUGAUGCGACAAAUACGUUUCAUCAUGUACCUCUCACUUGGGUCUCAAAAAUGCUGUCCGAACAUUUCUGGCAAGAUCCAACAUACCCGAGAAAAAGCGACAACUAUUUUCACCGUAAUUUCCUGUGCUCUUCUAUAACGUCUAACAGUGCCAGAGUCACCAAUGAUGCCCAACCUCAGAACUUGCAAGGACUGCCAUAUAGCUAUCCUGAUGAUGCACUAGUGAUGGCGAAUUGGAACGAGAGGCAUCGUCUCUGGAAUCACUUUCGUCGAGGAUGGUAUGAUCGCGGGAAGAAAUUAUGGGACAUGAGCCCGUGGAAUGAUAUCGUGUCUCGCCUAAGGUGUGAAGAGUUCGCACUUGCUUACCAGAAACAAGAUAUAAAGGAAUGCACCCGACUUGCGAACCAACUAGUUAAUCGAGUUCGGUGGCAGAAUCAGGCAGUGUACCUGAGGGAUACGCCUUCAUAUACGAAUAAGAGCCCGAAUUGGGCUUGGCACGCCGUCGGACUUCUCAUGAUGGCAUCGCUCCCUAUCCAAACCACGACCCUACCUGAAGCAUCUGCGAGUCAAGGCCACUUCAAGGAAUUGACCGUUAUUUCAUUGAAUGACCCCAAGAAGCCGGCUACGGGUAUAGAACCCGACAAAUUCUACGAUCCGAUACGGGCAAACGGACAGAAAAUCGAUUUCACCCAAUUUGACUUCAUCAAAAAGACCCUCCGCCCUUUCCCGCCUGCUGCUAGCCUGCGUGACGGUCGCCGCAACUUCUUCCUAGUUGAUGAGGACGGUAAACAGUAUCCGACGGAUGAGUGCCACAUCUGGACGCUCAGUUUAGCUAUGCAUCAUCACCCGUCUGUCUUUUCCAAGCUAGAAGACUUCAUUCUAGAACGAUAG